CAAACAUACAAAAACUGUUUAUCGCGUACUAUUGAUUAUUUUGGUAUCGACUACCACAGCUGAAAAUUGUUUUUUUUUUGAAGUUGAAACUACUAAAAGUUAUUUGUGUUUUUAACAUAUCAUAAUAAAAAAAGAGAUUAGAUGGACUUGAUUUGUUAUCAUUUGAAACAAUAAUCGUUCAACUAUUUAAUUGCACUCGAAUGAUUAUGCAAGAAAAAAAAAUACAAAAACUAUAUUUUUGUGUUUAAAUUUAGAGUUUUUUGUAAACAGUUGAUGAGAUUCGAUUGUUUUAUAAAAACAAUUUUAUUUUUCUAUUUUUAUUGUUUAAUAAUUUUAUAUAAAUAUAUAAAACAACAGUUUUUAAAUUGGUUUAGCCGUUUUCGCAAUGUAAAAUGUUAGACAGCUACACUUACGAAGGGCUACGUAGCAUUACCUUGGGGAAGACAUGAAGAAACAAACAUGGAAAAUACUAGCUUUGUUCAAAUAUUGGAGGAAACAAUUGAAAGAACAAACACAUGAUUAAUUUAAAAGGCCCGCUAAAGAAUUAUCCACACUUCUUCCACUUGCUCUAAUUUGACAUCACCAUCAUGCCAAACGGAUGAGUGUUCGGAUACCUAUCGAAGUAGAGUCAAGAUAUUUCAAACUUUUUAAUAUUUUGGUUUAAAAUUUAUUCACCCAUUUAAAUAUUUUUUUGAUAUUUGGAUCAGAGUCGAUUCAGUAAACUUAGGAUUCGAAUAUGUUUGGUUAUGUCUGAACUUUGUAUUAAAAUAUUAAAAAUAUAUAAACAAUUUUUUUUUUUAAUUUGAACUCUGGUCCCCGUGGUUUAAUGUACAACUCACAGGAGCAACAUUCAUCUAUGGGAAACAGCUACGAGAGCCAAAUUAAGGGGUAAUCUAAUGACUCUGCUAUCCGUAUGUAAAGCUUCUUGAGAAGGUAACCCUUAUAACUUAUGUAUUGCUGAUUCAAGGAUUGUACAAAAACAAAGGGAAAACUUUGAUGGGACUCCUCUUUCCUCAGAAAACUCUCGCUUGUACGUCCUGUAAUUCACGAGAAUUGAGCUGCCAUGCAUAAAACUUAACGUACAACAUUCUCUCAAGAUGCAGAAUAAUACUUUAACUAACAUUACAGAAACCAUAACAUAUAUACACAAGCUUUAGAUCGUCAUUUACUCUUUGCUCUCAUCAGUUUUGGUAGGCUAAACUUUCCAAUAGGAAUGGGUGUAUUCCCUGGAUUUGGUGCCUGGAUCAAUCAGAACAAUCAAGAGCCUCCUAAUGCCGGGUUCAUGAGAUCUGAAAGUGUCGAAUCCAAGUCGGUGUCAGAGAAAGAUACUAAUAAUGAUCAUGCUAAGAAGAAGAAGAAGAAGGACGUGGUAUAUUAUGAUUAUAAAGAGUUGAUGAGACAACGAGAGCUUUGGUAUGAAGCAGAGAAGAAGCAUCCGUGGUAUGUUCCCCCUCCCAAGAUCAGGGUGACAAAUAAAAAGGGUCUUUACCAUAUGAACAUAGAAUUGACCGUGGGAACAGCUCCUGAUACAGUCUACGACUUGAUGAUUAAUCCAAAAGGCGGUCCGUUUUUCAAUAGGGAGAAGUGGCGCGAUCUAAUGAAAAACACAUCAAGAAAGGUUUUGAAGGAGAAUGGUCCGAAGCGGGUCAUCAUGGUAGAGAAAGCUGUGGCUUAUAACGUGCUUUCGCUGACGACUAUAUCUAUCCCGCUACAUCUAACUAUGGAAGAAAACAGAAAAGAUCUUACGACAAAAUAUAAGAAAGGGAAAGUAAUGUUGAUGAAAGAGUUCCACGGCGACUAUAAAGUGGAGCCUAUAUAUGUAGAUCAAAAACGGUUGUGCAAAAAGAGGCUACCAAAGACUCCAGAAGAAUAUAAAAAAUGUAGCGGUGGCCAAGGAAGGAUUGGGUCAAAAUUGACAAUAAACCACUACUUCCAGCCAUAUCCUCCAUUUAAUAUACCGCCGCUUUCUUGGUUCAUCCAUGGGAUCACAAUCAAAACAUCCAAAAAUCUGCUCAACGCGCUUCAGGAAAUGGCUUUGAUUGUACGAGAGGCAGGGCCACCCUCAGAAGAAGCCAUCAAAGCGAGAGAGAAAAAUAUUAUUGAAGUACAUAAUUUUUGAAAAAUAUAGAACUAUAGAAGAUUGUCAUCAAACAUACAAAAGCCGUUUAUCGCGUAUUAGCGAUUAUCUUGGUAUCGACUACUCCAGCUAAAAAUUGUUUUUCUGAAGUUGAAACUACUAAAAUUUAUUUGGAAUUUAAGA